AUUUUCCACGAAAGAAAAUUUCUCUGGUCAACUCACGCGCCUUUCCUUUCCUCACCCUUUACACAAUUAAUUGUAUUUACUAUUUUAGCUUCUUUUAGCUUGAUCUGAUAAAAACCCAACUACAAUAAUAUUUUCUUUGAUGACCAAUUCAUUGGAAUUUAGUAUUCUUGUUUUUGUUUUUUAGAAGCUAAGCUGCUUUCUUGAAUUGACUACUUCUUGAUUCUGUAAGUUGGUUUUUGUGUUAAAGCUUAGUUCUUUAGUUGGUUUUUGUGUUAAAGCUGAGUUCUUUUUUCUAUUUAUGGGUUUGAUGUCACUGUUUUGAGUUCUUGAAUGAAAAUCUGAGGUGGGUCAGUGAGAUUUUUGUUGGGAAGUUUGUGAUUUAGAUAUUUGCAAGGUGUUCUUCAAAAGAACUGAAUUGGGUUGGUGGUAAAUGCAGUAAAGACUUGACCUUUUGUGGAUUUUUCAGCUCUUUUGGUCUAUUGAUUUUGUCAGGUGUUUGAUGCUACUGUUUCUUGAGUUCUUUGCUUGAAAAUCUGAGGUGGGUCAGUGAGAUUUUUGUUGAUAAGUUUAUGAUUUGGAUAUUAUAGAGGUGUUCUUCAGAAAAAGUUGAAUUGGGUUGGUGGUAAAUGUAGUAAAGACUUGACCUUUUGUGGAAUUUUCAGCUCUUUUGGUUUAUUGGGUUCUACAGGUGCUUGAUGCCACUGUUUCUUGAAUUUUUUGCUUGAAAAUUUGAAGUGAGUCAAUUUAGAUUCUGGUUAAAGAUUUCGUGAUUUAGAUACCCGAAAGGUGUUCUUCGCAAAAGCUGAACUGAGUUGGUGUUAAAUACAGCAAAGCUUUGAUUCUUUGUGGGAUUUUCAGGAGGGUUGAGUACUCUUUGCUCUAGCGAGUCAGUAAGAUUUCUUGUUGAAGUUUAGUGAUUUUAGUAUCUGAAAGGUGUUCUUCGUAAAAACUGAAUUGGGUUGGUGAUAAAUACACCAAAGACUUGAUCUUUUGUGGAAUUGUCUGAAGGGGGUGAACACACUUUUGGUUAACUGGUGUUCUUGGGAGGUUUGUGGUAUGUUGAGUUAUUCAUGAUAAGCAUUGUCUGCUACGUUGAUGCUGAUUCAAGAAGAAAUGGGCGUGAGAGGAGUAGCCCGAUUAUUUGUUUUCAUCGUUGUGCUUUUUACUAUAGUGGCAGCAAAUCCUGAAAGCAAAUACUCAGAGGAAAAUUUACUGGCCAAUCAAAUCAGUUCUGUGGGAAUCAACCAGGAAUUGGCCGAAGAGUUAUGGUUGAACUGUAGGCUAGAGUUGAUACAUUCUAAUGAAGCUGUUGAAGAUCUUGAGUUUAGUGGGAGCCAUGGAAUCCUUUCUAACAGGAGAUCGUUAACUAAAACUAAAGAGAAACAAGUCAAUAUGGAAGCCCUUAUGGGUUGUUUAGUGAAGAAAAAUCUCCUGUUUCUUAUUUCUGGAGAGGAGAAGCAUUCACCGACAUGGUAUACCAGGUGCACGGACUUCCUCUUUUCCUGGUACGGCACACCUAGACGGCGCGAAUUACUUCAGGUUGGAGAUGCUGCUGCUUCUGCCCCUGCUCCUGCUCCAGCAACUUCUAUUUCUGAAACUCCUAAUUCUGCGCCACCUGCUCGUCCUCCUACAAAACCAUUUUUUCCUCGAGACUACAAUGAUUCAAGCAAAAGCUCUGCUCCUACUAGUGAUCAGUCUUCUACUAGUCAAAAAUCUACUUCGGAUGGUGAAUCAAAUAAGAGAAAAAGCAACACUAAGACAGUUUUGGUUGCAGUUCUUGUGACUGCUGCAGUUACAUUUAUUGUUGUUGCACUCUUUUUUAUAUGUUAUUGCAAGAUUUGUGGGGUUGGAUACAGAAAGGGGAAAAAUGACGAGAGGCCUCUUCUUAGCCUAAGCAUAAGCGACUAUUCUGUUGCUUCAUUACACGGUACUGCUGGCAAUCAUUCAGUCAGCGGUGAUUCCCACGAUAAAAUGGGUAAAAAUUACUACAUGGAGCCGAACGUUCUUAAUGGUUCUAAAAGUGAGAUCCCUUUGGGAACUGUUACUGGCAUUGCUGUGGCUGCAGCAGGGAAUUCUGCACAAGUACCUCCUGGAAGGAUGGGAAUGCAUGGCCAACCUCCGCUUAAGCCUCCCCCUGGUAGGGUGAAUCCUUUUGAAGAUCCUGCUAGUCCAGCCAAGGCAGCCAAUCUUGGCCCGCCAUCUGGCGGUCCACGUCCUCCUGCACCGGGUCCUCCACCUGGUAGGGUGAAUCCUUUUGAAGAUCCUGCUAGUCCAGCCCCUCCACCACCACCAGGGCCUCCUCCUGGUAGGGUGAAUCCUUUUGAAGAUCCUGUUAGUCCAGCCCCUCCACCACCACCUCCGCCUUCAUCAGGCGGUCCACGUCCUCCUGCACCAGGGCCUCCGCCUCCACCGCCCAUACCAAUUCGUGCAAAGGCUGGUCCUCGUCCGCCACCGCCUCCGGGCCCCGGUGUUACUCCGCCUCGUCCUCCUCCUACAGGGUUGAAGCCGCCUCGACCUUCGCCUCUUGGAUCAAAUGCAUCCGCUAGUGCGUCAACUGAGGGAUCAGGCACUGAUGGUUCUAAAACGAAGCUAAAGCCUUUCUUCUGGGAUAAGGUUCUAGCAAACCCUGACCAUUCAAUGGUUUGGCAUCAAAUCAAAUCAGGAUCUUUCCAAUUUGAUGAAGAUAUGAUAGAGAGUCUCUUUGGAUAUGCUCAUGCUGAUAAAGACAAGAAUGGUCAAAAGAAGGAUUCUGCGUUUCAAGAUGCUUCCAAACAAUAUAUUCAAAUUAUUGAUCAAAAGAAGGCACAGAAUUUAUCUAUUCUUCUUAAAGCCUUAAACGUGACAACUGAAGAAGUUUGUGAUGCCCUUAAAGAAGGAAAUGAGCUUCCUCCUGAACUUCUUCAAACUUUGCUUAAGAUGGCACCAACUACCGACGAAGAAUUGAAGUUGAGGCUCUACAAUGGGGAUCUCUCUAGGCUUGGGCCCGCGGACCGGUUCCUGAAAUUCUUGGUUGAUAUUCCAUUCGCCUUCAAGAGGCUAGAAUCCUUGCUUUUUAUGUGCAGUCUUCAGGAGGAGACAUCAACGGUUAAAGAAUCAUUUGUUACCUUGGAGGCUGCUUGCACGGAACUUCGGAAAAGCAGGCUGUUUCACAAGCUCCUUGAAGCUGUUUUGAAAACCGGAAACCGUAUGAAUGAUGGGACAUUUCGUGGCGGUGCUCAAGCGUUUAAACUCGACACGCUUCUGAAACUAUCUGAUGUAAAAGGUAUAGAUGGGAAAACUACGUUGUUGCAUUUUGUUGUUCAGGAGAUAAUCCGUUCAGAAGGUAUACGAGCUGCCCGUACGAGGGAUCGAGGGAGCGUGUCUAGCGUCAAGUCUGAUGAUCUACCCGAGGAUCAGUCUCAGGACGCGGAGGAGUAUUAUCGAAGUACCGGUCUACAGGUUGUUUCGGGUUUGAGUAGUGAACUCGAAAAUGUGAAAAAAGCUGCAAAUUUGGAUGCGGACGGCUUAACGAGCACGGUUUCCAAGCUUGUUCGUGCACUAAAAAAAUCACAGGAUUUCUUAAAUUCGGAAAUGAAGAACGUAAAUGAUGAAAACAGGUUUCACCAGACCCUAAAGAGUUUUGUGCAGAAUGCUGAGGUUGACAUCAUGUGGUUAUUCGAGGAAGAAAAAAGAAUUAUGGCUUUAGUUAAAAGCACGGGUGAUUAUUUCCACGGAAAUGCAGGGAAAGAUGAAGGUUUACGAUUGUUUGUCAUCGUUCGAGAUUUUCUGAUAAUUUUGGAUAAGGUAUGCAUAGAGGUAAAAAAUGCUCAGAAAAAGCUAAACAGCACGCCAAAGAAGGAGAAUUUGGCAAGUAAAACUUCAGAGUCCACCAAUACACCGUCUGCCGAUCUCCGGCAAAAGCUUUUUCCAGCUAUCAUGGAUAGGAGAAUUGAUGAUUCUAGUUCAGAUGAUGAUGCUCCUUAAGUUGGCGCAGGGAUCCGAUGGAACCAAGGAAGCUGGUCUAUAUUGGCU